AUGUCGAGAUACCUGACCACCACCACCGCACAAGAACAGAGCCCACCACACGAACCGCAGCCCGGCGGAGGAGAGGAAGAAACACGGGCAGCGACGGCGGCGGCGGGGGAGGAAGAAUUGACACACUACUCGCCGCCCGCCCAACCCUACACCUCCGCUCCGUACACCUCCGCGCAUCCUCCUCCUCCCCCACCCCCGCCACCCGCCUACAUACACAUCGACCCCCGCUCCCGUAUCCAUAUCCUCGGCACUGGCAACAUCGGCUCAAUCCUCGCCCACUCCCUGCGCACCCUCGCAUCCCCGCCGCCCGUUACCCUCCUCCUGCAGAACUACACCUCACUCAGUAACUUCACCCGCACCGGCUCCCUCAUUCGUCUCUACCGCCCGCACACAGAACCCACCUCCGCAACAGGCUUCAACACAGAGGUCGUAACCCCACCCACUGGCCAGACAGAAACAGUAAUCCACAACCUCAUCAUCACUACAAAAGCCCACCAGACCGCCGCAGCACUACGGCCACUGUCAAACCGCCUCACAUCCGAGUCUACCGUCCUUGUCCUCCAGAAUGGGAUGGGAAUCAUCGAUGAGCUGAAGGAUACGGUAUUCCCGGACCCGGCCACACGUCCGUGUUUUGUGGCGGGGAUUACGACACAUGGUGCAUACCCCAAGGGCCCAUUCGUAGUCGUCCAGAAGGGCAUCGGUUCAAUACAGCUGGGCUACGUCCCUUCCGACGCCGAAGUCCUUGCCUCCCAGGCCGGCAACGGGAUAUCGUGGUUUACGCCUGCGCCGGCGCCGACCCCGCCACCGUUGGAGGACCUAACGAGCACGACGGAGUAUUUGAUCUCAACACUGCUGGAGUGUCCGUUGCUGUGUGCGGAACAUGUGCCGUUGCACGAGCUUCUAUCGAUACAGGCCGAGAAGCUGGCCGUAAACGCCGUCAUAAAUCCUCUUACUGUGAUGUACGACUGCCGGAAUGGGGAGCUCCUGGAGAACUUCCAUGUCACUCUGACGAUGCGGCUGCUGCUGCAGGAGGUGAGUGCAGUGUUGUGCGCGCUGCCGGAGCUUGCUGGUGUGGCUGGUAGGGAGACCAGGUUUGCGGCGGAGAGGCUGUAUGAUGUUGUUAUAAGGGUGGCGAGAGCAACGGGGGAGAAUUGGAGUAGUAUGGUGCAGGAUGUGAGGGCCGGGAAGCAGACAGAGGUGGACUAUAUUAAUGGGUGGGUGGUAAGAAGGGCGAGGGAGCUGGGAGUGCCGUUUACGUUGAAUGCGUUGAUGUGUGCGGUGGUGAAGGGGAGGGGAAAGAUUAUACAGGGGAGGGAGAAGAGAGCGCUGCCGUUUGUGGAUUAG